GCGAUUAAUAAAUCAUAAAUAAUUAGAAGAACAGCAAAUAAAUUAAAUCAAAGCUGGCAUACCUCUACAAUCUCCUGUUAUGAUGAAUUAUUUUGUGACAAUCUGUCUACGCACACUGCGUGAGAGGGAACAUUGCGCUCGCUGUCGAUAAUAAUUAUCUCCUGACACAACAAUACGCUCAACUAUCUGACCGCAUGUGACUGUGGGAAGAAAUUUGGCCUGCACCACCACUGAUAUGUGGAACUGGCUCUCUUGCCAGUCGCAAAGUGAAAGUCGUACGGGCUAGUUGAGUUGUCGCGGCUUCGGUUAUUUAUAGUUUCAAUAAGUCGCAUUGCCGGAGAACCAAACUGACGCGUUUCAAAAUGUCCGUGACGUUUACAGUGAAUGGAACAGAAUUUAUCGUUCAAGGCACUGAAAUCAACGUAAACACUUCUCUGACCUUCAUCCGGAACCAUGCCCACCUGACUGGAACCAAGUUCAUGUGCCUCGAGGGAGGCUGUGGCGCUUGUGUGGUUAACCUGAGCGGUGUACAUCCGGUGUCCGGAGAGCCCUUCUCCUACGCUGUUAACUCGUGCCUGUUUCCGGUGCUCGCAUGCCAUGGAAUGGACAUCACCACGGUCGAGGGAAUCGGUGGCAAGCAGCGGGGCUAUCACGCCACCCAGAAGCUACUGGCUCACUUCAACGGUACCCAGUGUGGAUACUGUUCCCCCGGCAUGGUCAUGAACAUGUACAGCCUGCUGGAGACUAAGAAGGGAAAGGUCACCAUGGAGGAGAUCGAGAACUCGUUCGGUGGUAACAUCUGCCGCUGCACCGGUUACCGUCCUAUCCUGGACGCGUUCAAGGCGUUGGCCGUCGAUGCCGAUCCCAAGAUCAAGGAGAAGUGUCAGGACAUUGAGGACCUUACCAAGAUUUGUCCCAAGACCGGUUCGGCUUGUGGCGGCAAGUGUUCUGCCGCUGGGAAAAUCAACCCCAACAAGGGGCUGCAUCUGAGCUUCGACGAGCAGAAGGAAUGGCACAAGGUGUACAACGUAAGCGACAUCUUCGCCAUCUUCGAGAGCAUUGGAGAUAAACCGUAUACGCUCAUCGGAGGUAACACCGCCCAUGGAGUGUACCGGCGCAACGAUGCGAUCAAAGUCUUUAUCGACAUCAAUGCUGUCCAAGAGCUGCGUGCUAGCUCGGUUGGAAGCUCCUUAACUGUCGGAGCUGGAACGUCCUUGACCGAGCUGAUGGAUUUGCUGGCCUUUGCGGCCAAGCAAAACAAAAGCUUCUCCUACUUCGAACACCUGAUUCGCCAUAUUGACUUGAUCGCCAACGUGCCGGUGCGAAACACCGGAACGAUCGCCGGCAAUCUUAGCAUCAAAAACCAACAUCCUGAGUUCCCGUCCGACCUUUAUCUUAUCUUGGAAGCUGCCGACGCGAAGUUGACCAUCUUGGAGUCCAAGGGAAAAACAUCCACCGUUCGUCCCUCCGAGUAUGUCACUCUGGACAUGAGGAACAAGCUGCUCCUCAACGUUAUCCUUCCUCCGCUGGAUCCCUCCAUCUACGUCUACCGCUCGUUCAAGAUCAUGCCACGUGCCCAGAAUGCUCACGCAUACGUGAACGGAGCAUUCCUGAUCAAGCUGGACGGUUUGAAUAUCGUCUCGAGCAACAUUUGCUUCGGCGGAAUUGAUCCUCACUUUACGCAUGCGAUCAAAACGGAAGAGUUCCUCAAGGGUAAGAACCUGCAUACGAAUGAAACCAUUCAAGGAGCUCUGAAGAUCCUGGCAGCGGAGCUGAACCCCGACUGGGUGCUUCCGGACGCUGCACCAGAAUACCGGAAAAAUCUGGCACUGUCAUUGUUCUACAAAUUUACACUUAACGUGGCCUCCGUCAUGAACGCUACAGUGAAAACGGAGUACAAAUCCGGAGGAUAUCUACUACAUCGUCAUGUGUCUUCAGGAGUUCAGCAAUACGACGGAGAUCAGCGCCGGGGACAGUGGUCACUUGAUAAAAAAGUACCCAAAAUCGAAGGAUUGCAUCAAACGUCCGGUGAAGCAAAAUUCAUCAACGAUCUUCCAACCUUUCCUGGUGAGCUGUAUGCCGCCUUCGUACUUGGAACGACCGUACAUGCUGAAAUCGAUUCGUUUGAUACUGAAGAAGCGUUACGAAUUCCGGGAGUGGUCGCGUUCUACACAGCAAAGGACAUUCCCGGUAACAACGAUUUCAUGCCUGUAAAGUCACAGUUUAGUCCCAACGUAGAAGAAGUGUUCUGUAGUGGACGUAUCCUGUUCCACGGACAACCGGUAGGUUUGAUGGUGGCCAACACAUUUGAAGCCGCACAGAAAGCAGCGCAAAAAGUCCGUCUAAACUACUCCGCCAAGGCAGACAAACCGAUCUACCCGACAGUAAAGGAUGUAGCUGACGCCAAGUGUCAUGAUCGUGUGGUGGAUAUUGAUUACGGAUUUACUGGCAAAUCGUACACUGACUCAGUGACGGAGCCUUCCAUCACCGUUUCGGGAACUUUUGAAUCCGGUGGCCAGUAUCACUACACAAUGGAGACACAGACAUGCGUCUGUCUGCCACUGGAAGAUGGAAUGGAAGUGCACUCCGCAACACAAGCAGUAACGCUUACCCAAAUAGCAAUAGCGCAAAUGCUUGGUGUCCCCGAAAAUAGUCUUAACGUGUCCGUACGUCGGAUCGGUGGUGGAUACGGUGGGAAGGCUUCCCGUGCCGUUCAGAUCGCUUGUGCCUGUGCACUUGCCUGUCAUCUAACGAAACGCCCCGUACGCUUAAUAAUGACGAUCGAAUCAAACAUGGCCGUCGUCGGCAAGCGCUACGGAGUGGUUUCUAGCUAUUGCGCCGAUGUAACCGCCGAGGGACAAAUUCUUCGCCUUCGUAACGAAUUCCUUCACGACGCAGGCUGCAACACGAAUGAAGCGCCUGAUUUUAUGCAAGGAUACUACGGAAAUUGUUACAACAAGGAUGCGUGGUGCGUGAUCUCCAAAACGGCACUAACCGAUUCUGCUAGCAACACUUGGUGUCGUGCACCAGGUUCUACCGAAGCGUACGCCAUGAUAGAAUCGAUUAUCGAACAUAUAGCAUUCGCAACGGAACGCGAUUCGCUAGCAGUGCGACUUGAGAACAUGCCAACCGAUUCACCGAUGCGACCACUUCUGCAAACCUUCCUCGUGGAUACCGAGUACGAAAGGAGACGGUUGGCGAUUGAACAGUUUAAUUUGGAGCACCGCUGGCGUAAGCGUGGUAUAGCGAUCGUCCCAAUGAAGUAUCCCGUGUCCUAUUUUGGAACGCUACACGCGCUCGUCUCGAUCUAUCACACCGAUGGAACUGUCGCCAUUGCGCACGGUGGGAUUGAGAUGGGCCAGGGUAUAAAUACACGAGCGGCACAGGUCGCUGCCAAGGUGCUGGGCAUCCCGGUGGAGAAGAUUGCCAUCAAAGCAACCAACAAUCUUACGGCACCGAACGACUUUUGCACACAGGCCAGCAUUACCAGCGAAGCCGUCGCACAUUCAGUGCUGAUCGCUUGCGAGCUGCUGCUCAGCCGGAUUAAACCAGUAAGACAGCAGCAUCCGGACGUGCCGUGGGAAAAGCUAACCCAGCUAUGUCACCUGCAAGGAGUGGAUCUGUGCGCCACGGCCAUGUACGACGGUGUGCAGCUUCCUUCGUACAACGUUUGGGCUCUUAGCUGUGCCGAGAUCGAGCUGGAUGUACUUACCGGCAACGUGGUGCUGCACCGUGUCGAUAUACUUGAAGAUGCGGGACAAACGCUAAACCCCGAAAUCGAAAUCGGUCAAAUAGAGGGUGCGUUUAUGAUGGGUGUGGGGCUAUAUCUUACCGAAGCACUCAUAUAUGACCGCGGUACUGGUGAGCUGCUUACCAAUCGCUCCUGGAACUAUCGUGUGCCAGGUCCAAAGGAUAUACCGGUCGAAUUUAAGAUUCGUUUGCUACCGAGCACCAUCAAUCCGACUGGCGUGCAACGUUCCAAAGCUACCGGAGAACCUGCGGUUAAUAUGGCCGUCGUGGUGCUGUUCGCACUGAGGAAUGCGAUCAAUGCGGCUCGGCUGGAUGCGGGCGCGCCACGGCAAUGGAUACCGUUGGGCUCACCGAGCACACCAGAUAGAAUAUUGGGGCUGUUGGGCAAUUCGACCGAUCAAUAUCUACUUCAUUAGCCUAAAAGCAAGCUAAUGGGACAUCAACAAAAAAAAUCUAAAUUAAAAAAAAGAAACAUACAACCAAUUAUUUUGUGACAUAUUCUGGAUAAUUGGAGAAGUGAUCUUCAAUGAAUUAUCGGCAAUUCGCAUCACACUUAACUACCGAAAUAAAAUUCAGUUCCUGCCGGUGGGAGCACAAUUUGUCCGUCACUGUAUUACGUCACACCAAAAAUAGACGCAGGCCAAAUUCAGCGUGCGUAUCUCAUCAACGUUCAGGCCCCAUUUUAACGCACAAACACACCCCUAUUUUGCCGGCACGCCAUCGUGAAGUUACGGUUGUGGUAGUUUUAAUGGGGAGCCGAUGAUAGAGCAGUGUCAAACCGAGCACCCCAACACAUUUUUUCUGGCGAGAGUAGUCGCGCGCUCUACCAAUAAACGUGCCCCCUCCCACCAAGACGAACCUCUAAACUACGCUCUAAACAUUUUACCAUGCGCGAGAA